UGACUGACUGACUCUCUCUCUCUCUCUCUCUCUCUCAAAAACCCACCCCCCGAAUUUUGUAGGUGUAUGGUCGGCCAAGCCGCACAGAUGCCAAACAUCAGCCGUCUUGUGGAGGCCGUUUGUAUAGAGCUGUCCAGGAUUCACCCCGAAGGAACCACCAUCUGCGGCGUGAGGGUGAACCGCUGGGCAGCUGUGAUGCGGGAUUAUAUCUGCAUCCAAGAGAACAUCCUUACAAACCCGGUACUCAUGGCCCAGACACGUAUCCAGUUAUUCCCCCUCAAUCAGCGCACCCUGGCACAAUGGCACCUCACUCGCACCAGGGAGCUGGUACGGCGGGCUCUGGAGAUGGCCGUGCCAUUGCCAUCCAGCUCGGCCCUUGCUUCGGAGCCCACCCCUGCCGUACGGCCACGGCCCACGGGCCCCGAGCAGUCCGCUGCACCAUGUCAUGAAUACUCGGACCUGCCUGACCUGUCCGGUCAGGCGACGCAGCGAACUCGGGGCCCCAUGGAUGUGGCACCGCCAAUUGUUGGCCACCCCCCCGUGCCACAAGAAGCACCCGCCACCCAGCCACUCCUCCCGCCGGCUGACACUGCCGCUUCUCCGCUUCCAUCGCCGCAGGCGAGACCUUCAGUACCCCGCACCACUGCCUGGCGGCGGAAGAAAAAACAGGAGGCGGAGGAGCUGGCGCAACAGCAAGGUAUCCCUCCCAAACAAAGAAAAAAAGUGGAGGCCUUUGUUUGCCAGCGCUGUGGCCGUCCUAAAACAAAAGAGUUCGGCCACAGCCGCUUUGGGAGGGAAACCUUUUGUUCCAUCUCAGCCGGCAGAAGUGUCCAGGAGUGGCUGGAGGAAAAGAGGAGAGCGAAGCAAAAUCGUGCCGGGGGGGAUGGCCACUAAACAAUUUUUGUUAAUCAGUAGAUGGGCCCAUACAUUGCUUUUUUUUUUUCUUCUUAUUUUUAUAACUGCCUGGCACUUUGUAUGUUGGCAGAAAGGGAGGCCUGCUUCAUUUUUCAAGCUGUUUUUACUUUUUUUUUCUUUGCAAAUGACUGGCACUUUAUAUAUUGUCAAGGAGGCCUCCUUUUUUCAAGCUGUUUUUACUUUUUUUAAUUUUUUUUUGCAAAUGACUGGCACUUUAUAUAUUUUUUUUCAAGCUGUUUUUACUUUUUUUAAAUUUUUUUGACAAUCUUUUUUAAUUUUGGGCUUCAUCUACUGGUUA